CGAAUAAUUCGAUUCUCCGGCCGGAAUCCAUCUCUUUUCGUUUGAGCUUGUACGAGUGAGGUUGCCUAAACAGACAAAGAAAAUGACUGACCCAAAAGCCUUUAUGAAGGAUUUCCUCGCCGGAGGAAUUUCCGCUGCAGUUGCCAAGACCUCAGUUGCACCAAUUGAGAGAGUAAAACUGAUUUUGCAAGUGCAAGCCGCUUCCAAACAGAUUGAAGCUGGAAAGGAAUACAAAGGUAUUGUCGAUGCAUUCGUCAGAAUUCCAAAAGAACAAGGUUUCUUAAGUUUGUGGCGUGGUAACCUCGCUAAUGUACUCAGGUAUUUCCCCACACAAGCUUUGAACUUCGCCUUCAAAGAUGUGUACAAACAGAUUUUCAUGAGCGGUGUUGACAAAAAGACACAAUUCUGGAGGUAUUUUGCUGCCAAUUUAGCUUCUGGUGGAGCAGCUGGAGCCACUUCUCUAUGCUUUGUAUACCCAUUAGAUUACGCCCGUACACGUUUGGGAGCUGACGUAGGAAAAAGUUUAGCUGAUAGACAAUACACCGGUCUUAUUGAUUGUAUAAGCAAAACUUUCAAAUCAGAUGGACCUGUUGGUUUAUACAGAGGUUUCUCUGUCUCAGUUCAGGGUAUUAUUAUCUACAGAGCAUCAUACUUUGGUCUUUUCGACACAGCUAAGGGAAUGUUGCCCGAUCCUAAGAAUACACCAUUCCUCAUCUCAUUCCUUAUUGCUCAAGCUGUUACUACUGUAUCUGGUAUUACCUCAUAUCCAUUCGAUACAGUCAGAAGGCGUAUGAUGAUGCAGUCUGGCAGGGCUAAAUCCGACAUGAUGUACAAGAACACUCUUGACUGCUGGAUGAAGAUUGGCAAAACAGAAGGUGCUACUGCUUUCUUCAAGGGAGCAUUCUCCAAUGUACUCAGAGGUACUGGAGCUGCCCUUGUACUUGUAUUCUACGAUGAAGUGAAAAAUCUACUAUAGAUUUUUUGAAUUAGGGAAAUUAAUUUAACUGAGUUCAACAUCAUUCAUUCCUAUUGACCAUUCCAUAGAAAUCAGGCUUGAACUACAUUCCUUCGAAGCAUUUUUCAAUACUUUAGGAUAAAAGUAUAAUAACAAUCAAAAUUAGACAGAAUUUUAAAGAUGUACCAUUUUUUUCUUGUGAAGUAAUAAAUUAAUUUUAUGUUCUUAAAUUCAAGAAAUAAAUUGUUAUACUAGUUAUAAAUUUAUUUCAAUAGAAACAACCUCUCAGUAUUUUCAAACUGAAACAUACAUGAUUCUGAUAUUAUUUCUGUACCUGUUUAGAUAUAUAAUAAACAGUUAAGUCAGA